AAAGCGGAGAGGCCCCCGACUCUUGCAACCCAUUAGUGUUUUAAGUUAUUUGUAGUUCUAUGUGGGAAAAUUAUUUGAGACAAAAUACAGCCUGUUUUUCCUGUGUUUCAGUACAUUUCCUGUACCGUGAACGCUGUGAAACUUACUAUAAAAUCUGACAAGGAAGAGGUAUUAAAAAUGAAGGAAACUGGAGUCUUCCUUAUUUGUUCACCCUCGACUUGCGACACGGAAUUGUGUGUGGCGAAUGAUCUUCGUUGAAAAGUGAGGACGUCAGCCACAGGAAUGAAGGCCAAGAUGAACACAUUAGGAGAUCAGUGUGAAGGGCAAAGCACUGUCCAACCCAAGGAUUCCUUGACAAGCUGUCUGCAGGCCCGGCAUGACUUGGAGGCAGCCAUUACCAGCAUCAUGCAAGCUGAGCAAGAGAUCAAAACAAACACACAUGAGGUAAAGUCUCAGAUUCAUAGUUGCAUCAGCCGUCACAUGGAGUGCCUGCGCAGUAGGGAAGUGUGGCUCCUGGAGCAGAUCGACCUCCUGAAACAUCUCAAGGAGGAGUCGCUGCAACAACAGCUCCAGCAACUGUACUGGUUGCUGGGUCAGUUCAACUGCCUUAUUCAUCAACUGGAACAUCCCCAGAAUAACCUGUCGGUCAGUCAAAUUACAGCCUGCCUGGAAAGACUCAAUAGUCUGACCCUGAAGCCAGAGGAAUCCCCAACCCUAAAUUUUGAAGCAGAUGUCCGUUCCCUCCGUCAAGCCAUAACCACCUUUGGGACCAUCCGAACCCUGGGAUCAGAGUCUGGACCCAGUGCAGCAGAAGAAUUCAGUAACUGCUUUCUGACCUCCCUGACACAGCGAACUUCACCUGGUGUGAAGGGAUGUCCACUGUCUGAUUGGCUGCUCAAUAGCAAGUCGGGCAGCAGUCCUCACACCCCGAGGAACCAAAACCUUAGUCCUCAGGAUUGUCUACUUAAGCAUUCCAGCCAGGGGGUUUCUUCAAAUCAGCUCUCAACAGACCCAGACUACUUCAGAUUGCAGGCUUGGGGGCAUCGGCAAAGCCUUGAGCACUGGCUACUUCCCAGUCGACAGAAGAGUGGCCCAACUGAGAGCAGCAGUGUUCCUCAACGCACUAAACCCACCCCGACCUGCACCCAGAGUCCGAAAGAUGUGGAUCACUACAGAAUGCAGUAUCGACAGGACCUGAAGCACUGGCUGCUGCCCAACAAGCAGAAGAACGGCCUGACUGAGAACACCACUGCUCACCAAUGCUCGAAGCCUACUUCAAGCUCUCUCCAGGUUGUGAAUGAAGCCGACUACAGAAUUCAGGCCUGGGGGCAUCGACAGGGCCUGGAGCACUGGCUGCUGCCCAGCAAACAGAAGGCUGACAGCACCAACAUAUACACCACUGUUUGCCAUCGCAGCGGGUCCUUAGCCAGCAGCUCCUCCACCUUUGAGGAGUUAGACAUGGAGGUUUUGGAGCAGGAGGAAGCAGAACCCAAGGCCGCUGAAGAGCUGAGCCCAAGCUCCGGGAAAGUGAGUCUUGGUCACGUCACUGAGGACAGGUGGAAAUCCCUAACUAAGCCUUUCACCGAGAAGUACAGCACCAGCGACUGGCUUGUGAAGAGUGAGUCUUGCGGGAGCUGCUGUGGAGCUCAGACUAAACCAGUUGAGAUUGAGAACCUGAGCGUAUUAAAGUGCUUGAGUGAACACCUCGGUACGAAAAAGUCACCUAGCGACGCCUGGCUCUCUCAGCAGCCGCCCAUCCGGGUGGAAGAGGCCUGUAAAGCCAACGAGCCCUGCAGCAGCUUCUCGGAGUGCGUGUGCGGCCGGAGUUGCGAGAAGGAGGCGAUCAAUGAGUGGCUCCUGAAACAAGCCGGGAAGGAUAAGAACGGUGUGGAGACCGGCCAGCCUGGCAAGAGCAACACCGAGCAACUGAGGGAGGAGUUAGACAAGUGGUUGCACCCCAAUUCUAGAUCCAUUCAAGAAACCCAAAUGCCCAAAAGCCAGGAGCUUCCCGAGUCUCCUCCAGUCAAGAAUCCAAUGAAAACCAGGAGCACAGAACUCGCGGCCUGGCUUGCACCAAGUUGCUCCCCUGUCGCUAAGAAUGCAAACACUCCCUUCGGCAGUCCCAUGAAGCUCGAUAGACUGGGGACUUCCACAAACCUCAGCGAGAGCCCAGAGAAAGAAGCCGUAUCCGAGGUGGAGAACAAAUUUCUGCUGCUCAAGAAAGCUCAGGAGAACAGCAUGUCUGACAUGUCCAGUCUUCUUUCCAACUUGAAGCUAUCUGUUGAUCGUGAGAACCCUCUAAAGGAUUUAUCCAACCCGUCUAAAGAGAGAAUUCUCUUUGCUCACUUGAGGCUGCCCUUUGAUCCGGAGAAGUGGUUGUACAGAGGUCCUCAUAGGAUUGAACAAGGUCCAAUUGGAACUUUCAUCCCUAAGGUCAACCAUCUGUAUUGAUUGGGCGCAGCAACUGGACACGGAUUCCAAAAGCUUGGAGCCACCAGUGAAAAAANUGGUUGACCUGACUUUAUUCUGUAGCUGCAUCAGAUGCAAACAUUAUGCCUUCUGAUAAGAUUCUGCUAAAUCAAUGUUUUGCUUCUGCUGUGAAGGUCAGUCUGUAUUCAAAUCACCUUGGGUGUGUUUUAAAGUUUGUGCUGUGAAACUGGAGUCAUUGUCAUGGAAUCUUAUAUUCAAAUGGCAUCUCUUCCCCCACCCCUUCCCAACAGCCAUGCCAAUGCUCUUAUUAAAUCUAUCCCACUGCUCAGAGUCAUGACUGGGACAAUAGCUUACCAUUAAACCACUGUCAGUCAAUACUUGCUCUGAUUUCAGUGACUAUUGAUUCAUGGUAUAAUGCUACAUACUGUUGAUCUGGGAGUCUAUGCAGCCUCCUGUGCAAUUCCUGUGGGGCUGUUCAGACUCCAAGUGGAGAAAACAAUGCAUUAAUCUGUUCCAACACAGCACAGUAAACCUGUACGUAAUGCCUCACGAGACCCAUAUUGGGAAGUUUUUUGGAUUGCCCUGCUUGGGGUAGAAAAGAGGAUAAUUGUGAUUCAUUAAGUACCAGCAACAGUGUUCAAACUGCACAGCCUUUUAUUUGUAGUGCGUGGACUGUCGGCCCCUUUUACAUGCUUUGAUCAUUUUUUUCAGUGGGUGUUUAUUGGAAUGGCUCCCAUCCCUUGGUGAUGCAUGUGUAAUUCUGCUGUUAUAGGACAAACUUACCAGUCUGUGUCCCAGUCAGAAUCAAUCUGGAAAGUCUUCAACACUGAACAGAGUGGUGGCAUUUGUUGUAAUUAUUUUGCAGCUCAGUAUGUCUGCAAAAGUGCACCUAAUGCUACAAACAAUAUUUUCAUCUGUUUGUUUGAGUUUGAAGUUCUUCGAGGUUUGAUUCCUUAAACUGCCAGAUACUGAAUUUCUACAGAAGACAUGAACACAAUCCAGGUUACGAUGGGUGUUAACACUAGAUGUUGGAGUGUAGCACACUGGGUGGCUUAAUGAUUUGAAAAUUCCUGCAUGUUAGAACAUAAUUGCUAGAUGAAAGACCAAGGUCUAUCCUGGCAGUCACAUGUGCACAGUCAUGUCAUUAUUUAAAUGAGUACCAGUGAAUUGAUGUACUGAGCUGAUCUAUCCUGAACAAGCAGAUCUGAGGGGCCAUGAUUUAUUUCACAACCCAAUUAUUGCUUUUAAGCCAAUUUUUGCUUUUAAAAUUCUUAUAGAAUUUCUCUUCCAAUAACCACUGAAUGUUUGGAAUAACCACAAAACUAUUGACUUGUUUUGAUGAAAUGUGCUUCCUGUCUUACUCUUUUAAAUGUAACCUGGGAUGUCUUCAUUUUCACUGAAGCAAACUUGUCCUGUUGUAAACCUUUAAGUGUCCCUGUGGUCUCCAGCAGCAUACUAUUCAACUGAAUGUGCUAGAUUGUCAGUCAUUGUAAACUGCUCAUCAAACCAGUGACUUUGUGUGCAACUAAGUAAUAGUUAGAACCAAGCUAGAUAAGUCAGGUCAAGCUCUGAAUGAGUGUUGGUGCUUUAAUCCUAUCUUGGUGUUCUAACAACCUUAAAUUCAGUAUCAAAAACUAGCCUGAGCUAAAGAUCCUGUAGUAAAAUUGAGAUGCCACCUUCUCAGCACACACAAGGCCACUGGCAGACAGACUAUCCCCAACUCGAUUAAUAAAACAUUCAACUCACUAUAGCAGUAUAUAUACUAUAUAAAGUUGUAGGCUCUGAACCCAGGGUCAGGAGGGGAUGCUGACUUCAGUUGUUUGCCUGUACAGUAUUCAGUUAUAAUAAUUAAUAAUCUGUUCAUUAAUUUGACCAAUUAUUACUUGUAUCAAACUUAAGUAAAUCAAGUUACAAUGACUGUCCUUUGCUUGUUCUGUAUUAAGCUGCCAGGAAGCUGCAUAUUUAACCAGCCUUGUUUAGGGAGAUUAAUUUCAUUGUGAAUUCAAAUGUGUAAUCUCAAUAAACUGCUACAAUAAAAA